UAUUGACGUUCAUAUGAAAGUAAGAACGUCUGUAUUUUUUCCUUUUAUAUUUUCGACUUACGAAUUAGCUAUUGUUUAUAUUCUUUUCAUCUCAAUAUUAUUGAAUAUUUUUCUUUCUUUAUCUCUCGCCGUGUUUGAUAUUUCUUCGCAUGAAAAAGCAACGAUACUGUGACUUCACAUAUAAGUUCCAAUCAAAGAUUGUAAAGGCAUAAAAGAAACGCCAUCGUUAGUAGUAAUAAGAUAAACAAGGAAGAGAGAUAAAAAGAAAGAGAAUGUGAGAAAAAAAGAAAAAUCGCACGAGAAAAAGAGAGAGAAAGUUAAAAGUUCAUGUGUGUAAGUGACGACGUAUUUGCGCAUACGGGUACAGUGGUCUUCUUGACAGUGUAGAAUCAACAAGUGUCGCGUAAGGAUCGCUGUUGUCGCGCGUUAUGCGCGCACGAUUCUAACCUCAUCAUCGAAAUCGGUUCGAAAUUUGGUUCUAUUCAUUUUAUAGUUAACAAUUGUUAUUAUUCCCAGUGUUAGUUUUUUAUUCUUACAUAGUGGAAUUUGUGAUAAUCUGUAUUUAGCAUAUUAAUCGAUGUGAUAUUUUGUGCUUUUCACUAACGUGCCCUUGGAUAUUGUUACGUCGCCGAUUCAGUGACUGCGUCUCUACAAAAUCUCAAGAUGGAAGUCGUUUACAUAGGUACAUGCUGAAUUAUAUAUUUAUAUGCUGAAUUCAAUAAAGAACAGAAGAAAAAAAUAUUUUUACGUCGAUUAUAUUGAGAGAUGACUGAAAAUAUACGCUGAAUUGAACACAUUAAAUACUAGGACGCUAGUGUGAACAUUACGCGAUCCCAUCAAUUCAUUUGACCUGUGAACUUCAGAUGAUGGUGCGUUUAGGGCCAACGACACGCGUUCCAAGUAUACGCAGCAGAGAAGAUGCAAUCUUCGUGAUGCAGUGUGAUAGUAAAAGAAUAGAAACAUCGAUUGACAUAUCUUCAUAAUUAGUGAAGAAAAUAAUUACAAAGUUGUGACUUCUUACGACUGUUCUCAAGUUCUACUAUGAAAUUACAAACAUUAAUCGUAGCUACUGUAUUAAGUUAAGGAUAUUUAUAGACCAAUUUUCUGUCUUGCGCAAAGAAUUAAGAGUUCUUCAACCGCCAGAGUGUUUACGACAAAAUUAAGAUGAGCGGGAAGAUGUGCAAAAGAAAACGUUUGCAAAAUGGAUAAAUUCGCAAUUACUUAAGAAUCAUCACGAGCCGAUUUCUGAUUUGUUCGUUGACUUACGAGAUGGCAAUCGGUUAUUGUCUCUCCUGGAAGUUCUCACAUCUAAAGUCUAUAAAAGAGAACGCGGUCGAAUGAGAGUUCAUCAUUUGAAUAAUGUUAAUAAAGCUUUGCAAAUUCUUGAACAAAAUAAUGUAAAACUCGUAAAUAUUAGCAGUAACGAUAUAGUUGAUGGGAAUCCUAAGCUAACACUUGGAUUAGUAUGGAGUAUUAUUCUACACUGGCAGGUACAUUACCAUCUGAAAGAUUUAAUGACAGAACUACAACAGACGAAUUUAGAGAAAACUCUUUUAGCAUGGUGUCGUCAGAAUUCACAGAAUUAUUCUGGAGUUGAUAUUAAAAAUUUUACUACAUCUUGGUCAGAUGGUUUAGCAUUCAAUGCUAUUCUUCAUAAAUGGAAACCGCAUUUAUUUGAUUUUAAUAACAUAGCGCGUAAACAUCCCAAUGCUAGACUAGAUCAUGCAUUUCGUAUUGCUCAGGAACAAUUGGGUAUUGAACGUUUGUUGGAUCCAGAAGAUGUGAAUACAUCGGUGCCGGAUAAAAAAUCAAUAAUGAUGUACGUUAUGUGUCUUUUUCAAUCAUUACCUCAUUCUGGAGAUGAUAUAGGCGAAUUAGAUCUAUCAGUAGCAAGUGAUAGUAGCCCGGUUACUACUCCGGGAGCAGAGAAUACAUUAUCUUUUACAAAUUUUGGAACACCAACAUCACGACCGAUGAGUCUUGCAACAAACGUAUCGGUAGAACUUGGUGGUUAUCAAGUUGCUCUUGAGGAAGUUUUGACUUGGCUUUUGGAGGCAGAAGAUAAAUUAAAUCAUGCUCCAGAUCCUGGAUCUACUUUAGAAGUAUUAAAGCAACAAUUUCACGAACACGAAUCAUUUUUGGUAGAAUUAUCUGGCCAUCAAGAUGGUGUUGGUGCUGUAUUGGAAGAAGGUGCGAGAUUAUUAGCGGAAGGCGGUUUACAUAAGGAUGAAGAACACGAAGUUCGUGUUCAAAUGUCAUUAUUAAAUUCUCGAUGGGAAGGACUUCGAAUGCGUGCAAUGGAAAGACAAACUAAAAUUCAUGAGGUUCUUAUGCAAAUGCAACAAGGUCAGUUAGAUGCAUUACGACAAUGGUUAACAAGGACUGAAGAUAGAAUUUCGCGAAUGGCAGCUAUUGAAUUAAAUCAAUCUGCCUUAGAUGAACAAUUGAAACAAUUGAAUGAACUAGAGCAAGAUAUUGAGGCACAGCAGGGAGUUGUUGAUGGUAUGAGAAAUAUGGUAGUUGUUGUGGAUGAAGAAAAUUCUGAAGCAGUUUAUGCGCAAAUGGAAGAUCAAUUAUCUGCUCUCGGAGAGCGAUGGACUCACAUUUGUCAAUGGAAAGAAGAAAGGAGGCAACGUUUGCAGGCUCUUUCUUCACUUUGGCAAAAUGUUAAUGAUGACUAUAAAAGAUUAAUGUCAUGGUUGAAUGAAACUGAAAUUACUUUAAAACAAAUGGAAGCAAAUCCUGCUUCCGAAAUUGGUGAAGUACUUGAAAGAAUUAAAAAAUUACAAAUAUUAAAAAUGGAUAUGGAUGAAAAUCAAAGAAAACUAAUGUCAUUACAAGAAUCAAUUCAAGAACUGGAAGGACAAAAUACUUCACCAGAAUGUAUUAAUAUACUAGAAAAAAUCGAAAAUUUGCAAGAUCGAUGGGAAGCAGUGGGACAAAUAAUGGAAGUGCAGACACAAAGGAUAACAAAUUCGGGAUUUGAAUUCGAUCUGAAGACUGAGAGGGAAACAACUGUAGUUACAGGCAAUGAAUGGAUGUCGGAAACAGUAACAAGUAUCGCUUAUAAAGAAGAAAUUACUGCAACUUCUACACCUCAUAGUGAUUCAAAGAAACGUCGUGUAGAUAGUACAAAUAGACAUGAAUUUGAGUCAGCAUUACAUAAUCUGUAUAAAUGGCUCGAUUAUGUUGAUUUAGAAAUUGGACGAUCGGAGGGAGUAUUUGACGAAUUAAGUAUCGAAGAAAAGAAAGUUGUUUAUAAUGAUACAAUUGCUGAUAUAGAAGCACAUAAAAAUGAUUAUGACAAAGUUUUAGAAUUGGGGAAGCAACUUCUCGAAGAAUUAAAAAAUGCUAAUGAAUCGAUUGAAACAGAUGAAACAAAAAUUAAAGAUAUACAGAAUUGUUGGAUGGCAACUAAUAGUAGACUUGAAGAAAUAAGAAAUCGUAUAGAAUAUCUAGAAGAAGUAAAAAAAUUUCGAACAGAAUUGGCUAGUUUGAAUUUAAUGUUAGAUAGCUAUUCUAAAUGGUUUGAUUCAAACAAAGGAAACAAUCAAGUGGAACCAUUUAGAGUGAAAUUGAAAUCAAUGAAAUCUCAUGAAGAACGUAUAAAAAAAUUGUUAGAAAAAGCCAAAGAAUUAUCAGAAAAUCAAACUGGUAUUAAUGAAACUAUCAAUUUAAAUGAAGAUAUACAAAUGUUUGUUUGUAACUGGGAAAAAUUAUAUAAAACAUUAUCUGAAAAAUUAACUGAAUUAAAUGAUGCCGUUGAUAAAACACCGCCGAAGAAAUAUACAGAUGCAGUUACUAAUCUCACUUCUUUUAUUAAUAAUGUGGAAAGUAUGUUAUUAUCAGAACAUAUAGUAAUGUCAGAUGAUAAGACAAUGACAGAACAAUUACGAAAAUUCAGCGAUUUGCAAAAUUCUUUGAGAGAGCAUCAAGAAGUUUAUAAUUAUGUGAACAGUGUUGGACAUGAAUUAAUAAUGAAAACCAAUGGAGAUUCUCAGGGUCAAAGACUUAAAGAUGCAUUACAAGAUCUUAUUACUAAAUGGAGCGAUAUACCCAUAAUAUUAGAAGAACGUCAACAAAAUUUGCAAAAAGAUAUUCAAUCUUUAAAAAUAUUCAAUAAUGAGCUUACAGAGCUUGAAAAUUGGUUUGAAAAAUCAAGCCAAUAUUUAGAAGAAUUAUCAAAAGAUAAUGUAUCAAAUGAUAUUGAAACUAUGGAAUUUAAAUUAAAACAGAUUCAAUCUUUUUGUGAAGAUAUAAAUGAAAUGAAACCAAAAAUAGAAAAACUCCAAAUUUCUACAAAUAAAUUACUUGAAAAUUCUGAACCAAAAUUUGCAAAUGUGUUAAACAAUAAGUUAGAAGUUGUGUCGCAUAAAUGGAAUGCUAUCGUUGACGGUGCUAAAAGUUUAAAUGAUAAGUAUGAGGAUACAUUGAAAAAAAAUGAUGAAAUAAUAAAUGGAAUAGAAGACUUUACAAAGUGGUUAUCGACUUUAGAAAAAGAAAUACCAAUUGAAACCAAAAUAACAUCUUCUGUUGAAUUGUUUCAAGUUCGUGGUCGAUAUCAAUCAUUAAAAGAAAAGAUAGAUAAGCGAGUAGAAGAAUUUAGAAAUCUCAAUGAAAUGGGCAAUGAUAAAUUAUUAAGUUCUGAAGGAUCUUCAGUGCAAGAACUUGGUAGACGAUUUACAUUUUUAAAUGCUCGUUGGACCGAUGUUACAGAUCGUAUUUAUGAACGAUAUAGACAUUUACAAAAUGCUAGCCACGAAUAUGGUGAAUUCCGUGCUUUAGUUGCACAAGAAAGUGAUUGGUUGGAUAAAUUAGAUAAAAGAUUAAGAAGAUCAACAGAAAGAGCUGCAGAUGCUGAAGAAAUAUCAGAAGAACUUGAUGAUUUAGAAAAUUAUAUACGAAAUCAUCCAGAAUUAAGACUUGAAAAAAUACAAGAAAUAGGUAAACAGUUGAUUGAAAGUAAUAUCAUGAUUCAGUCCAUUCAAACAGAUGUAGACAAUUUAACAAAUCGUUGGGAAAGCUUAAAUAAUCAGGCAGGGCAGCGAGCAAAGCUGCUAGAAGGAUCAGUGAAGCAAGCACAACAAUCAGAAGGACGUAUUCUUGCCCUUCAGCAUUCCUUAACACAAAUAGAUUCUGUACUAACAGCACGUCUUGACUGCGACCUUACAGCUGAUGAUUUGCCUCAUGAUUAUCAGAAAUUAAUGGAAGAAAUGGAACAUCAACGAUCUACACUUCAAGAAAUGGCAUUACAAAUUGAAUCCUACAAGGCUUCUGGUAAACAAGAAGCAGCACUCAGAUUACAAGAACAACUAACUCUCAUUGAACAGAAAUUCUCUGAAGUUCAACAGAAAUUUCAACGUUUUCGAUGUCCAACGAAUUUAGAACCAAGAUUAUCCAGAGCUUUACGAGAACUCAGAGGAAUAGAAGAAGCAACUUGUUUAUUAGAAUUGUCAUCAGAAGAUCCAGAAGCUAUUGAAGGUCAACUUAAACAUUGUCUGCGUUUUUAUCAAACAUUAAGUGAAAUUAAAAGUGAAAUAGAAAAUAUUAUAAUAACUGGUAGAAAAUUAGUUGAAGAAAAAAGUGUCACUGAACCAGAGAAAUUUUCGCGACGAAUUGAUAUGUUAAAAGAAUUAUAUAAUAAGUUGGGUUUACAUAUAACUGAAUCAAAAGCAUGUUUGGAAACAGCAUUGGAUUUAUCACGCGAUAUGUAUAAAAAUAUGUCUUAUAUUAAUAUGUCUAUAGAUAGUAUUAAUAAAGAAUUAGAUAAUCAAAAAAAUAUGCCUGAUCUUCCAGUUAAUGCGAUAUAUGUACGAGAAACUUUGACAGAAGUAAUACCACGAUUAAACGUUGUAAAAGAUAAAUUGUUAAAUUCACAGGAUGAAUUUUCUAAACUUUGCGAUCCUAUGUAUUUAGAACAACUUAAAGAAAAAUUAUCAGAUGUUGUUAUUAGAUUAGCAAAUACUGAAAAAAGAUUAAGAUUAUGUAAUGCUUCAGAGGAAGAGCCUAAUGUUGAUGAAAUAAAAGCAUGGCUUUUACAAGUUGAGGAAAAACUAAAUAAAUUAGAUAGUGUUCCAGUUGAUCAAUUGACGGAAAAUCACUUUGAACAAUGCAAAGCUGUUCAAAGCGAAAUGAUUGAAGCAAAACCAAAAGUCAACCAACUACAACGUUAUACUUAUUACCCGAAAGUUUCAGAUGUUUGUAAAAAAUGGGAGGAUAUAUCUAAUAGAAUUCAAGAAUGGAUCCACAAAAUCACAGACAGUUUAUUAAUAAAAAGUAAGAUGGGAGAAACAAAGGGGAGAGACAAUUAUGGACGUACUAAAUUGUCUAGACAGGAUCAAACUUCAAUGCAACUAGCUAAAAAAGAAAAUAAAUUAAUAGAUGAGAAUGAGGAAAUAUAUGGCAUAGGAUAUCUUAAUCCUGCAUUUGAUGAAAGUCAAUGUAAUAUUAUUUGUACACCUGAAAGUUCACCAGUUGAUAUUGUUCAUCGAAGCCGGAAAUCUUCCGCAAAAUCUGAGAAAGUAAAAGCUAAAAUUGUAGAUGUUAGUAGAACUGUUAGACGAAAAUUAGACAUGAGCUCUAUACCCGAUGUUGUUCAGACUUCUCAACCACAAGUUGUUCAUAUUGACGACGAUCUAUCUUCUUUAUCUCCUGAUACAGAUGUAUACAUGGCCGACGAAGAAUUUUUUUUGUCCAAAAAUAGCACAUUAUUUUCUCAAGUUUCUUCUAAUACAUUAAUUACGACAGAAUCGAAACCAUUAAACUAUAACACACAGAUGAAUCCCUUUCGUAUUGUAGAAGUAAAAGAAAUGGAAAUAAUAAAAUCAGUUGCAUCUCCUGAAGAUCACGUAAUAUUACCAAGUGCAAAUGUCAGUGCAGGAUUAAAGCCACAAGUUGUUGAAAGAGUAGAAAUUAUUGAAGAUACAGAAACUGAACCAGAAUCAGUAGAUACAGAUACAGAAGAUAAAGAAACUAGAAUAAAAGUUUGUAAAAAUGCAAUUAGUAAUGGAAAUCAAAUUGUUAAUAAGAAAAGAGAACUUAUUCCUAUAUUGAAGAAAAAAAAAAUAAUAGAUUCAUAUUCUGCAAAAAAUAUUAAAAAAUUAACUCUGAAAUUAGAUGUUGAGGAUAUUUCAGCUGAUAAUCAAAUUUCAAAUUAUAAACCACAAUUUUCAUGUAAAGUAAACAAAUUAGAAAAAAACUCCGCGUGGAAAGAUAAGGAUAGCAUAGCUGAAUAUCUUAUACUCGAAGAUAAUGAAAUAAGUACAAAAUCAAGAUGUUCUGCUGAUCUUGUUCUCACAUCAGGAAUUAAUUCUACAAAAAGCAAAAAAGAGCUCAGUAAUGUUAAAGAAUUAACAUUUGAAAAAAAUGCAGAUUUUUCAAAGUUGCAUGGUAAUGAAAAUCAUAAUAAUGAUUAUGAAAAAAAUAUAAAAUUGAUGUUAUUUAGACGUGCUAGAAGUAUUUCAAAAGAUGAUACACUAGAGGAUUGUGAAAGCUUUUACGGAAGCGAUAAAGAAACAGAUGAUGUUUUAAUUUUUUCCGAUGAUACAGAAAUUGAUGUUGGAAGUUCCAGUUCAGAGGGAGAAGAUUCAAAUUCAAAGGAGCAUAUUGAGCACCUCUUGGGCAAGAUACAGACUGAAAAAUUAUCACAAGAAACACAACAUAAAAAAGAGACGAAGAUUUCUAGUGAUAAGAGACCUUUUAAAAUUUCAACUAGUUUAUCCAGAACAGGCUUAGAAAAAAGUAUUUUGGAAUUUGAACAAGCUGCACAACGGAUGUUACAUAGGAUGGAUGUCAUGUUGAUGAGUAUCAGUGGAAUCAGUAAUGAAAAAGAUCCAACUAAACGACUCGAAGUACUAAAAGGAGAAGUUAGUACUCUUGCUCCAGAUGCAGCAGCUUUGAUUAGUAAAGGUGAUGGCCUAGUUAUGACAGUACAUAUAUCUGAUCCUGUUAGAGCUGAGAAGAUAAAAAAUGAACAUCAAGAUAAAUUAAGAAGCAAAUGGCAUCAAGUUAUGUCCGAAAUAGAAACGAGACGCACACAAGCACAAAGAGGAGAGGAAAUGUUAAGACAAUAUAAUGCUAUAAUAACAGAAUUUGAAGAUUGGUUUCGAGAUGUACCAUUAAAACUUGAACAAGUAAAUAAUUAUGAGGGGCAAUUAGAAUCUUUUACUGUAGAAUUUGAUGCUAAACAAGAACAGAUUAAAAAAUUAAAUGAAUUAGCGGUUGAAUUAAAAAAAUUAAAUAUUGGGUAUGCUGAAACUAUAAGAUAUAGCAUUAACAGUAGAUGGCAAGAAGUUAGUUCACAAUUUAAAAGAUUUAGUGGUAGUAAGGAUAAGGACAAACAUGUGACAGACAAAAAAGUUGAAAUGGAUGUUGGAGGAGUUGAUAUGCAAGAAUUUACUGCCAGAGUUAAUAAAAUUAGAGAAGCUGUUGUAACUGUGACGAGAUCUUUAAAUUCCGUGCCAUUGAAUGGUGAUGAUUAUGAAAUUUUUUCAAAUCAAGAAGAAUGUUUAAAAAAAAUUAAUAACGCAUUAAAUAUUUUAAAACCAAGCAUUGAAGAAAUCAAUACUAUUUUUGAAAAUGUUGCUUCACAGUUAAGAAGAGAGCAAGGCGAACAAAUUAGACGUUUGAGUGAUAAAUUACGAGAUGAAUGGAUAAAUGUUAAUCAAAGUUAUGUAGAAAGAUAUAAUCGUUGGAAUAAAUGUUAUGAAAAAUGGAAAGAACUUUGCAACACAUGUCGGUCUUUUUCCGAUUGGUUAGAUAAAACGGAAGAUUCAUUAAAAAAAUUAAAUUCUCUUGGUCAAUCUAAAAUAUCAAGAACAAAAAUAUUUGAAUUGGAACAAGAGAUUUCUAGGAUGCAAAGAAUUAUGAAUAAUAUUAACGUUUCAAGUGCUAGUAUUUUAACUCGUGCUAAAGCUGAAGAUAUGAUAGAAUUAAGAGAAAUGAUUGAAACUAUAAAACGACGUUGGCAAAAUAUUAUAACGGACUUAAAUACACGAAAAGAGAAGAAUUUUGCUAUGGAAAAAAAAGUGAACAAUGAAGGCAGAAUUUUAGAAAGUGCUCAUAAUAUAUUAGAGCAAAUCAAUUCUUUAUUGGUGUCAGCAGCAAAUCCUUCAGAUGAGACUUCUUUAUCAAUAAGAUUGUCAUUAAUUAAGGCUAGACAAGAAGAACUUUCUUCUCGCAAAAGAUCAUUACAAAAUUUAAUAAUAAAUCAAAAUGAUAUUUCUUUAGGAGAAGAUGAAUGUAAUAAAUUACUUUCAGAUAUGGAUAAGGCCAAUAUAAGCCUUUCCAAUCACCGUGACUAUGUUGAGAAUAAACUUGUAUCUCUUAAAAAAUAUAUUUGUACUUUGGAUACUAUUAUGGCUUGGGUCAUGGAAACUAGAGCGAGAAUAAAUAUAUCCCGAGAAUUACCUCAACAAGAACGAGUCGAAAUUGUUAACAAUAUUAUGACCAAAGUUGAAGAUCGAGAAAUGGAAGUAAAGGAUGUAUUAGAAAAUUAUACUAAUUUAGAGAAAGAAUGCGAAUCUGCAAAACAACCUAUUUCUGUAGAAUUACAAGAAAAGUUAAAAAAAUUACGAGAAGAUUGGCAAUUUGUGAAAAACAAUGGAGAAUUAUCAAGUUAUGAUGUCAAAACUGCAAUUGCUAUUGGAACGGCGUCAUCAGGGAUCGAAGUGGAAAAGACCGCAGGAGCAGGACCGGGGGCAUCGGGUGCAACUGCGGGGGGCCCUCGGGGGUUGACACCUUCCCCUGCCCCCUCAACACCCUCGACCCCCGUCACCACCACUAGUCCUUCGGUGUGCACAUCCUCGCCUUCGUCCUCGCCUUCACCCUCCUCCUCGCCCUCUGCUCUUGUAGCAGGCUUUGACAAAUCGGUGCUACAGAUACGCGAUUGGCUAGCUGUGGAAGAAGAGAUGUUACGGAAACAAGCUGUGGUCGUCGGCGAUGUCGGCGAAAUUAUGGAGGCGCUUGAUAAACAAAUGGAUGUCCUACGAGAGCUGGGGCAGAAAAAGCCGCAGUUGGACGAGCUGGUGCACACGGCGGAAGCGCUUCGCGCGGACACGAAUAGACAGCAAGUGCACGGCAAAGUUACGAAGCUGAGGGAGCACUGGGACGAGAUGAACUCGAAAAUGAUGCAGAGGAAGACGGAGUUGGACGCGAUGCUCGGGGACAGCCAGCGAUACGAGGCGAAAAGGAACGAGGUGGAGGUUUGGUUGGCGCGAAUGGAGACUCGGCUUGAGAAAAUGCGGGCCGUCGGCCACACCGCCGACGUUCUCGAGGCCCAGCUCCGGGAACAAAAGUCGUUCCACGCCGAGCUCCACCAGUACAAGCAUCAGAUCGAGCAGUUCAAUCAGCUCACGCAGAAGCUGAUCGCCGUUUAUCAGGAGGACGACACGACCCGCGUGAAAAAGAUGACCGAGACCAUCAAUCAGAGAUACAACAACCUCAACACCAGCAUCAUCAAUCGAGGAAAAUUGCUUCACUCCGCGAUGAACUCCCUCCACAACUUCGACCGGUCCCUGGACAAGUUCUUGGCUUGGUUGAGCGAAGCUGAGUCCUCGAUGGAGGGAUUGGAAGCGGAGGCCGAUCGUCUAGGCGGGCGACGAGACCAGGGUGCGCUCAGACGACCGCAACAUCAGCUUAAGGACCUACAAUCGGAAAUCGAGACGCACCGAGACGUGUACACGUCGUUGAACGGCACAGGCAGGAAGCUGUUGAGCUCUUUGGCGAGCCAAGAUGACGCGGUUAUGCUGCAACGACGAUUGGACGAGAUGAACCAGCGAUGGCAUCACUUGAAAGCGAAAAGUAUGGCGAUAAGAAACCGGUUGGAAAGCAAUACGGAACACUGGAACGCUCUUCUCUUGUCUUUGCGCGAGCUUAUCGAAUGGGUGAUCAGAAAAGACACCGAGCUCACCGGUUUGGGCCCUGUUUGCGGGGAUGUAGCCGCCUUACAAAAACAAGAGGACGAUCAUCGCGGGUUCAGGAGGCAGCUCGAGGACAAACGACCGAUCGUCGAGAACAAUUUGCUGAGCGGACGGCAGUACAUCGCCAACGAGCCUCCCCUCUCUGACACGUCGGAUUCCGAAGCCGGAAGAGAAUUGGAUGGCGAUUCGAGGGGCUACAGAAGCGCGGAGGAGCAGGCACGCGAAUUGACGCGCAGCAUUCGCCGGGAAGUGAACAAACUUUCAGAGCAGUGGAACGCCCUAAUCGAACGUAGCGAUGCGUGGAAGCGGAAACUCGACGACACCGCUAACAAAAUAUGCGUGUUCCAAAAGACGCUGGAGGAUCUUUCGUCGCGGAUGGCCGGCGCCGAGGCGAUCCAAAGCGGGUGGCAGAAUCCAAGCGACGCGAACGAGGCGACGGAAUUGCUGAAGCAAUUGGAGAAAUUCGGCGAACGACUGUUGCCCAUCCAGAGGAGCAUCGAGUACGCGAACGAUCAAGCGAGCGUCUUCGCCUCGAGCAGCGUCAUCGUUUCUCAUGCUUUGCUGGCGAAACUCGAAGAUCUCAACACCAGGUGGAAGGUGCUGCAAGUGGCGGUUGACGAGCGUUACAAGUUGCUAAGCGGAUUUGGAAAGGAUGGCAGCACUCCGGGUAGCCAGGCUUUCCUCGCGAGCAGCGUGGAACCACCAUGGGAGAGAGCCCUCACACCCGCCAAAGUGCCUUACUAUAUCAACCAUCAGUCGGAGACCACCCAUUGGGAUCAUCCGAAAAUGAUAGAGCUGAUGUCCUCGCUGGCGGACCUGAACGAAGUACGAUUUUCAGCGUACAGAACCGCCAUGAAACUGCGCACCGUUCAGAAACGAUUGUGCCUGGACAUGUUGAGCCUUUCCACCGCGUUAGAGCAAUUCGAUUCGCACGGGCUCCGAGCGCAAAACGACAAACUAAUCGACAUUCCCGACAUGGUGACAGUCUUGACGUCCCUGUACGAAGUGAUAACGGCGGACAACCCGACGCAAGUGUCUGUCCCCUUGUGCAUCGAUUUGGCCAUCAAUUGGCUCCUCAACGUGUACGAUAGUCAACGAACCGGUCAGAUUCGCGUGCUUUCAUUCAAAGUUGGUUUGGUCCUGUUGUGCAAGGGUCAUUUGGAAGAAAAAUAUCGAUAUCUAUUCCGGCUGAUCGCUGAUCCAAACAGAUUGGUGGAUCAACGAAAGCUCGGUUUAUUGUUGCACGACUGCAUCCAAGUGCCGAGGCAGUUGGGAGAAGUGGCGGCGUUUGGCGGGUCGAACAUCGAGCCGAGCGUUCGCAGCUGCUUCGAGAAGGCUGGAAAAGACAAAAAUGAAAUAGAAGCGGUUCACUUUUUGAGCUGGCUGCAACAAGAGCCGCAGAGUAUGGUUUGGUUGCCUGUGCUUCAUAGACUCUCCGCCGCGGAGAGCGCAAAGCAUCAAGCGAAAUGUAAUAUAUGCAAGGAGUAUCCCAUUAUUGGAUUCAGGUAUCGUUGCUUGAAAUGCUUCAAUUUCGACAUGUGCCAGAACUGUUUCUUCUCAGGCAGGAAAGCGAAGAACCACAAGUUGACGCAUCCGAUGCAGGAAUAUUGCACCGCGACCACAUCUGGCGAGGACGUGCGCGACUUUACGAGAGCGCUUCGAAAUAAAUUCAAGUCGAAGAGAUACUUCAAGAAGCAUCCAAGAGUCGGUUAUCUGCCGGUGCAGACCGUUUUGGAGGGAGACGCGUUGGAAAGCCCGGCGCCGUCGCCGCAACAUAGCUCCCUCAGCCAGGACAUGCACUCCCGGCUGGAGAUGUACGCAUCCCGGUUGGCGGAAGUCGAGCUAUCGCGCACAAGAAGCAACUCGACACCGGACAGCGAUGACGAGCAUCAGCUGAUCGCUCAUUAUUGCCAGAGCUUGAACGGCGGCGACAAUGUAAACGUGCCAAGAAGCCCCGUGCAGGUGAUGGCCGCGAUCGAUGCCGAGCAAAGAGAGGAGCUUGAAGCGAUGAUACGCGAACUGGAAGAAGAGAACGCGACACUCCAAGCGGAAUACGAACGAUUGCGCUCGAAACAGACACCGGGCUCGACGCCGGAAGACGGCCAUGGCAACCGACAGCCUGACUGUGACAUGAUCGCCGAGGCGAAAUUGUUGAGACAGCACAAGGGCAGAUUAGAGGCGCGCAUGCAAAUACUAGAGGAUCAUAAUCGUCAACUGGAGGCUCAGUUGCAGAGACUCAGACAACUUUUGGACGAGCCAAAUGCUUCCUCGCCAUCUAAGACAGGCACAUUACAAACGCGAAGCGUUACAGCAUCUCAAUUGGCAACUGAUUCGCCUGCUAAAAUGAACGGACAUUAUCACGAUUCCCCAGGUGGUGGAGGUUCGAACGAGGGAAGAGUGAGCAGUUUAGAGAGGCCACCACCGCCACCGCAUUCUCACAGUGUUGCCCACAACGUGGGCAAUCUCUUGCACAUGGCAGGAGACUUAGGGAAAGCAGUCGGUGAACUGGUGACGGUGAUGACCAGUGAGGACUUGUCGAAAACGAACGGACAAAGGGCACCACCACCGGCUUUCAAAUAACGAUUAUUAUCACGAUUCUAAUCGAGGAUAUUCCCUUGCGUUUCAACGAUAUCGAUGGAAACGACAAGAAAAAAAAAACGAGACCGAUCACGCACAUAUACAUAAUACACGCACGCGAGAUCCACGAACUUUUAAAUGUUUUAAAUCAAUGACCAAUGUAUGGCUCUAAACGCAUAUCAAAAGGAAAAUAUCAUGCAAAAAUGCAGGGUCAGGGUUAGCUGCCAUAGUGGUUUUGGGUAUUUUAUAAGUUUUGAUAUAUACAAUUGUAUAGCUAAAUUAUAUUGACAGAAACGAUUAUGGUUUGGCUUUGGCGGCGCCCUGAGUAACUUUAUUACAUAUUGACACGUCAUAUCAUUGAGAAAGAAUAAUCGUAUCAGAAAAUAAAAAGCAAGAAGAAAAAAAUGAAUCAAUUGUUAUAUAUGCUUACUAGUUAAAGUAAAAACAAAAAAAUUAUUAUGGAAGUGAUGAAAUAAAGAUGAUGAGGAUGAAAUGUAACGAUUAUAAGAAAAUUACACGAACGGAAAUAUCAUUAACAAUGCAUGCAAAAGCAAUGUAUUAAAUCACGUACUCUAUUCUAGAUCGUAGAUUACAUUUACAUACCCAUUCUGUUCACUGCCACAGGCUCUUCCUUGACAUUAAAUAACAUACACGUUGUACAUGUUAUGCGAUUUUAGAUGACACAUUAAAAAAAAAGAGUAAAGAGAGAAAUAAGAGAGAAGGAAGAGAGCAGAGGGUAUGAUAAUACCUGGUAUCUUCCCGUACUUCUGCAAAUACGGAACUUUACAUCGAUACAUGAUGAUACACCGUUACACACGACACACGUACAUGCAUAUCAUAAUAUACAUAUACAUAUACAUAUAUAAAUAAAUGAAUGAAAUAUAUAUAUGCAUGUGCAUAUAUAUAUAUAUAUAUAUAUAUAUAUACAUAUACAUAUAUAUAUAUAUAUAUAUAUAUAUACACAUGACAAACACACAUUACAAACACGUACACGCUGAGGACUUUUUGUAAUCAAUAAUAAAGGCGAAGCAAUGUGCAUUAUGACUUUCAAAUUUAUUUUUUAUCCGGUUACGAUCGUUUUUUCAUAUUUUUUAAUGAAUUUUAGAUGGCAAUGUCUCUUAUUUAAGCCUGCCGGAUGUUACUUAUAUUUAAGAGUAUAUCGAUAAGCAUCUAAUUUACAAACUGUAGGCUGUAUUCUGAUAUGUAAUAAAGUUGUCUAGAAAAUAA